UAUUUAAAUGUACCAGUAGUUAAAUUGUUGUAUUUCCGGAAUAAUAAUUCAGAAUAUUGGCCACCAUUUAUUUCCGGAAGUGACGAUCGCUUCCUAUGGACGCUUGAGAUAAUCAUGACGGACAUAGAGCAAUAUGACGACGUGGUGCUCUCCACCGUCGGUGCCGAGACAGUGGCUCUCGCUCCGUCAGCAGAACUGCCGGAAAUAAAAUUAUUCGGACGGUGGAAUUGCGAUGAUGUGCAAGUCAGUGAUCUGUCUUUGCAGGAUUACAUUGCAGUGAAAGAGAAAAAUGCGAGAUAUUUGCCGCAUUCGUCAGGACGUUAUGCUUCCAAACGUUUCCGCAAAGCUCAAUGCCCAAUCGUUGAGCGAUUGACCAAUUCCUUGAUGAUGCACGGUCGUAAUAAUGGUAAAAAAUUGCUGGCUGUAAGAAUUGUCAAGCAUGCAUUUGAAAUUAUCCAUCUCCUUACUGGAGAAAACCCCCUUCAAGUUUUGGUUACUGCCAUCAUCAACUCUGGACCUCGUGAAGACUCAACACGUAUCGGACGUGCUGGUACCGUUCGUCGUCAGGCCGUUGAUGUGUCACCCCUUCGUCGUGUAAACCAAGCAAUCUGGUUGUUGUGCACCGGAGCACGCGAGGCAUCAUUUAGAAACAUAAAAACAAUUGCUGAGAGUCUUGCUGACGAGCUCAUCAAUGCCGCCAAGGGUUCUUCGAACUCCUACGCGAUCAAAAAGAAAGAUGAACUUGAACGUGUUGCUAAAUCCAACCGAUAAGUUUUUUUCAUUGUAACCACAUCAAUAAAAAAUUUUAAUUCUUUACAAAAUAA